UUUGACUUCUCCAAGGGACUUGUGUGUGCAAACAAACGUCUGCCAUUGAAAUGAACAACGCUAUAACAUAAUAAAGACUGAAGAGCCAAUUUCACAAUGCCAACUUCAAAGGUCCAGGGUUCAAACGUGGCUCUUCAAAAUCCACCUGUGAAAAUGUCAGAUGGAACGAAGAGCAAAGUUGUGGCUCCUCGGAACCCAAAGCUGGUGAAACGACUGAACAAAACGACACGAAUGACGCCCUCUGUGUUUGCGAAAGAGAUGUCCCUCUCCACAGAGGAGCGGCUGGCCAACACCUAUGAGAUGCACCCGCCGCGCAUCCUGGAACUCCUAGACAUGAGCGAGACUACACACCAGAAGGUGUCCUCGGUGGAUGUGGACCAGGCCAUGUUCCAGCCGUACCCCUCAGAGAUCGUCUUCCAGAACUACAGCCCCUCCGAGACCUACGAGCUGCCUCUUGUCCUCAGAAACAAUGACAAGAUACCUCGGCUGGUCAAAGUGGUGGAGGAGGACUCUCUGUAUUUCAAGGUGAUCAGCCCUGUGGACGUGUGCAUCAAGGUGGCUCCAGGAAUGGCCUCCACCUUCACUGUGCUCUUCACUCCACAGGAGAACAAGGACUACAUCCACAGGGUGAUCUGUGUGACGGAGCGGGAGAAGUUCGAGGUGCCAAUCCGGGCCAUCGGGGCGCGGGCCAUGCUGGACCUGCCCGACCAGGUGCACUUUCCCAUCAGCCCUGUCAAGGUGGCCGCCCACAAGACCAUGCUGGUGCGCAACAUCGGCCUGGCAGAGGCCCGGUUCCAGCUCAGCACCGCCAGUCCAUUCAGUGUGGACCCUGCCCAGGGCACGUUGGGUGUGGGGGAGAGUAUGCAGAUCACCGUAGACUUCCUACCACGCACCACUGGAGACCACACGCAGGACCUGCUGCUGCACUACCAUACAGGAGAGGACGUGUACGUCAGCCUGUAUGGCGCGGCAGCGGACGUGAACGUGCGGCUGGAGCGCAACUCCCUCCUGCUGGAGAAGACCUACAUCUCCAUGGCCAACCAGCGCUCCCUCGCCAUCCACAACCGCAGCGACACCAUCCUGCACUACCAAUGGAAGAGCUUCGCCACAGAGGAGGAGGAGGAGGCGCAGAAGCAGAGUCUGUGUGAAGACCUGCAGCAUGAGGAGGAUGACGGCAUGGAGGAGUUUCUGCUUGAGUGCAAUGCGGACCCCACAGCGCGCCACCAGCUCUCCCUGCUCUCCCGCACCUUCCAGGAGCGCCGCCGCCAGCUCCACGACCAGCGCCUGCCCUUCCAGCACCAGCACAUCCUCAUUGAGCCUCUGGAGGGGGACGUGUGGCCCAACAGCACAGCGGAGGUCAACAUCGUCUUCAAGCCCCAGGAGGCCAAACUCUACCAGCACACUGUCUAUUGUGACAUAACAGGCCGUGAGUCUCGACUCCCCCUCCGCAUCAAGGGGGAGGGCAUGGGCCCCAAACUGCAGUUCAACUUUGACCUGCUGGACAUGGGGAACAUCUUCAUCGGCUCCAAGCACACUUACGAGGUGCUGCUCAGCAAUAAAGGACUGAUUGGCGCCCCGUACCAGCUGCUGGCGCCCAGCUCUGCCCAGGGCCAGUGCUUCUCCUUCAGCCCCAGCUGCGGCAGCAUCCUCCCGGGGGAGUGCCACGCCCUGGAGGUCUCCUUCAGCUCCUCCACCCUGGGCGCCUUCAACGAGGACUUCCACUUUGCCAUCGAAGGGAACCCCCUCACGCUCAUCCUGACGUUCAGAGGCUGCGUCAUGGGGCCCACCUUCCACUUCAGCGCCCCGGAGCUCAACUUUGGAGACGUGUCCUUCGGGUUUCCAAACACACUGUCGUGCCACCUGACCAACACGUCUCUGGUGCCCAUGGCGUAUCGUCUGCGCGUGCCGGGCGAUGGCACGGGCCCCCCCAGCGUGACCAGUGAGCAGCAGGUGGCGCAGCUGGACCGCAGCGACUGGCUGGGGGGGGUUCCCCUGGGGGACUGGCCUACCGAGUUCUCCGUCACCCCCAGCUCCGGCACCCUGCGGGCCCAGGGACACGUCGACCUACAGGUGACCUUCUGCUCCAACACGGUGCGCAGCUACAACUUGGCCCUGGUGGUGGACGUGGAGGGCGUGGGAGACGAGGUGCUGGCUCUGCCCAUCCGCGCCAGGUGUAUUGUUCCCAGUGUGGUUCUGGAGAAGCCGGAGCUCAGGCUGGAGAAGUGCUUUGUGGACUAUGCAUACGAGCUCCCAGUCAGGCUCACCAACACCAGUAAUUUGCCCGUCUGCUAUGGACUCCUGUCACAGUUGUAUGAGGAGAAGCCCAGCCUGCUGUACUCCAGCCCCCACCCGCGCGGCGUGAUCCAGCCCCACGCCACCGCUGACUUCCCCCUGCUGCUGCAGGCCAAGGCCCUGGGGCCCCUCCAGGCCAUCGCCCGCAUCACCGUACUGGGCAGCCAGCGGCCACCACUGGUGCUGCCGCUGUCGUGCCUGGCCGAGGGCCCGGUCCUCCAGGUCCCUGCUGCGGAGCUGGACUUUGGCAGCAUUCCCGUGCUGACGGACGUCCGCAGGCCCCUGCAGCUGGCCAACCGCUCGCCCAUCCCCGCACGCUUCCACGCACAGAUGUCCCGUAAGAGGUCCCUGUGGCGCGUGGAGCCAAGUGAGGGGGUGGUGCCUCCUCAGGGCCAGCUGCAGGUGACGCUGGUGGCCCACCUGGACGACUCGCUGCGCUUCCAGGACAAGCUGCUGCUCAGCGUGCAAGACUCGGCCACGCAGACCAUCUCCGUCAUGGCCAAGGGCACCGGCACCACCAUUGUCACCGACCAGCCCUUCGCACCCAAGCUUGACCUGGGGGACCACUUCAGCUCAGUGCCGUGCAAGUACCACUUCCGGGUCACCAACCGCGGCCAGCGCUUCCACCAGCUGUUCUGGUGCUCCGAGGGCCAGUCCCCGUUCCGCCACUGGGCCAAGGGCUCCCCGAGGGACUCCAAGGCCCGCAGCACUCUCUCCCCCGAGGCCACAGGGCCUCCCGUCUUCAGCCUGUCCCCAACGCGCCUGGAGCUCUCCCCUGGCCAGUCCGCAGACAUGGUGCUGGAGGGCUCGUCUGAAGUGCCCAAGGUGGUGCAUGAGCGUCUGGUGUGUGUGGGCAUCAUCGGCCACCAGAGCGGGAAGGUGGACAUCAUGUCUGUGGACGUCAGCUGCCGAUUCAUCUCCCCAGUACUCAACAUCUCCAAGCAGCAGCUGCACUUCUACAUAGAGAAGACUCUGGGCAUGUCGCUGGUGCCGCUGCACGAGAAGUUGGUGCUGAAGAGCGUGUCCACCCUGCCCCUGUCUUUCCAGAUCAGCGUCUGCAGUCCCUUCGGCCUGUGUGACAGUGACAACGAUAACACAUUCGUCAUGACCAAGGACGUGGUUCUGGGCGUGGGGUGCAGCAAGGAGGUGUGGGUGCGCUUCGACCCGCUGUACCGGCGCGACCGCGUGUCUCGCGUGGCCGAGGAGGUCCUGGAGAUCCGCUACCGGGGCCACCCGCAGCGGGACCUGGUGGGCCUGAAGGGAGAGGUCCACUUCCCCAACCUGCACUUCUCCGCCACCCAGCUGGACUUUGGCUGCGUGGUCAACCACACCGAGGUCCAGAAGCAGAUCAUCAUGACCAACUGCAGCCCCCUCCCCGUGGCCUACCACUGGGCCUUCCUGCUCGACAAGCAGAGCACCUGUGUCAGGCAGCCGGACACGCCCAAACUGACAUUGAAGGGCAGGGAGGAUGAGGAGAAGACUGACCCUGAGCAUGAGACAAGGGAGGGGCGAGGGUCCCCAAAAGAGGCCCCCCCUGCACCCCUCGCCCCCACCGUCAUCCCACGUAGGGGCACCAUGAGUUGCAGCGGAAGCUUCACCUCUAAAAAGCUUUCCCAGCUGUCGGGCACUCAGUAUCCCCAGUGGCAUAAAGCAGAGGCUGCAGACAACACCACUGCUCAUGCCCAGCACAACAACAUUGGGGUGGAGGAGGUGUUUGACAUCCUGCCCAUCUACGGUACGCUGCAGCCGGGAGAGACGCAGCCGGUGGCGUUCUCCUUCUUCGGCCAUGCCCACAUCAGGAGCAGCGUGCUGGCCGUGUGUGAGGUGGAGGGCGGGCCCACCUACGAGAUCCCCCUCAAGGGAGAGGCCUCCAGCGUCCAGUACGCACUCAACACCACCCACAUCAACCUGGGCACUCAGCUGUUUGACCGUGUGGCGGAGGCGGAGAUCGUGCUGAGCAAUACGGGCCGCGUGGGCUUUAGCUUUGGCACCCUGCCGGAGAACAUGGGGGGAGACCCCGAGAACCCCAUACCCGGCCAACCACUGCUCAUCCCCUGCUCGGGCUACGUGGAGCCCAAGUCGGAGCAGCGUAUCUCGGUGUUCUACCUGCCGGGCGUGCCGGAGGUGUUCCACAGGAGCUUCCAGCUGCAGGCGGCCUUCUUCGAGCCUGAGAGCAUCAGCCUGCGCGGGGAGGGCGUCUUCCCCCGCAUCGGCCUGGACCUGCCCAGAGACCUGGAUGAGGAGAAGUAUGGCUCGGUGAUGAAGGCUGCCAGGGAGAAUGUGGAGACGGAGAAGCCCAGUGAGGAGCCUCUCAGCCGGCCGCCCCAAGGCUGCGGAGCCCCACCCUUGGAGGACUACUGCUGCCCCGCACCCACUUAUGACAUGCUGGUGCAGAUGGAGGUGGAGAGGCUGCUUGUGAAGGAGAUGGCUGUUUCUACGGAGACCUCCCCAGUACCUGCACCCGGAGCAGGAGACGGCUCAUCUGGAUCCCUGGGCAGGAGGAGGAGGAGACUCAGCAAGUUCACGUUGCCUGACUAUAUUCUGGACUUCGGCUAUGUGAUUCAUGGUAGAGUGCCGAGCCACAUUGUGAAGGUGACCAAUACAGGGCCCUGCCAGGUUUCCUUCCGUGCAGACUGCCGCCAGCUUCAGGGAACAGGGUUCAGCACGGAGCUGGAUAAGGUGAAGAAUCUGCCCUACUGCGAGACCGAGACCUUUGAGGUGAAAUUUGACCCUCGAGGAGCCAACCUGGACUUGGGCGAGGUCAACUCGGUUAUGUCACUACAGGUGACGGGGGGUCCGCUGGUGGUGGUGCGGCUGCGUGCGGUGGUCAUCAUGCCGUCGCUGAGCGUUUCCACGGAGACACUGGUGUUCGGCAGCAUCCAGUGCGGCCUGUGUCAGCUGGUGACGGUGCAGCUCCACAACCCCGAGCCCGUCGCCUGCGAGUGGAGCGUCGCGGAGGAGGAGCGACCCAAGAAGAAGUUUGACAAGCACAUCCCGCUGCACAUGCGUAAGAAGCUGCGCCUGGCCCAGCGGCCCCCUCCCAUGGUGUUUGAGGUGCUGCCACCCUCAGGCCUGCUGCUGCCUGGGGACCGCGUCAACAUCCAGGUCAAGUUCAGCCCAGCGGAGGGGAGGGCGUACAACCAGCACCUGGUGCUGACGGUGGCCCAGAGCAGCCAGCGGAUCCUGCUGCAGGUGCAGGGCCGAGGGGAGGAGCCCCAGCUGCAGUUCUCCCCCUCCGCGCUGGACAUGGGCCCCGUGCUGCCCCACAGCACCGGGGAGGAGGCCGAGGUGCUGGUCAAGAACCCCUGCCCCUUCCCCAUAGAGUUCUACUCGGUGGAGUUCGACAAGCAGUACCAGGAGGAGGAGAAGGUGCUGCGUGUGUUAAAGGGCUACAAUAGCCAGAACGUGCUGCUGCUGCCCCCCCGCGCCCCUGGGGAAGCCCUCCCCCACGAGCUGCUGGAUCACUACAAGGAGCUAUGCUCAAACACCUCACACGCAGACCUGAAGACUGGCUCUCCCAGUGAGGGGAGUGAACAGGGGGAGAGGCACGUGUCCCUGGGCCCCUGCGACGACUGUGCCUCCCCAGACACAGCUCGACCCCUGGAGGAUGGGAAGGCAGACGCCGUGCCUGACGCCUCUCAAGACAUCACAGAUGUUAUGAGAGAUGGCGGCCUGUCUAGGAACGGAGUUGGGGACCUGGAGGAGAACCCUGUGACCAAGGCCAUCGCCCGCUACAUGGGCAUCGACACCACGCCAGAGGGACAGGCCUCCAUGAGUCGCAGGGGCAUCGCCAUCAUCGUCCAUGGAGCGCCGCUCACUGGUAAGACGGGCAUGGCGGUGGCACUGGCGCGGCACUAUGGGGCGGCGUGCCUGAAGGUGGACGCGGUGGUGCUGGAGGCCAUGACGUGUGGAAGCUCCCCCGCCGGCCAGCAGGCCAGAGACAUGUGUGCCGGCGCCGCACAGGAACACCUCCAGAGGAAGGCAGAGGAGAUGGCCCAGGCUCCUGUCGACACCCAGUCCCCGACGAUUCAGGCCCAGGCGGCUGCUGGUGGCGGUGGCGGUGUGCUGAGUGUGGAGGCCGUAGCCAGGCACACGGGGGAGAGCAUCGAGCCCAAACCACAGCCCUCCUCCACACGCCACAAGGCCGCCAACUCAGCCAAGAAGAGCCCACAGGCCUCCCCAACCAUGUUCACCCGAGCGCAGAGUGUGAGUGUGUUUCAGGUGGGGGAUCUGGACCUCUUGAGCUGUGUGCUGCCUGAAGAAAUUCUGGUUGAUAUUCUCACAGAGAGGCUUCUGUUGAGUGACUGUUCCAGGGGGGUGGUGUUUGAUGGCUUGGAGACGCUGUACUGCCGCUCCCCCACCUGCCUGCUGCAGGCCGUCCUCAAGGCCCUCAACAACCGACGCUUCAUCUACGUCAUCAACCUCGUCAACUCCUACUCCAACCUCAAGAGCAAGGAGAAGGCGCAGAAGGAGGCAGAGGAAGCGCGUCAGCUUGAGUGGGAGCAGCGUGAGAAGCUUCGCCUGCAGGAGAUGGACGAGGACGAGUAUGACGCCAUGACGGACGAGGAGAAGGAGCACUUCGACCGCCAGCACCUGGAGAUGGUGCGCGAACGCAAGCGCAAGGAGGAGGAACGACUGGAGGAGGAGCUGAGGGAGAAGAGGUUGCAGGAGGAGCAGGAGAGACUUAGAGAAGAAGAGGAGAUGAAGAAGAAGAAGAAAGGGAAGAAGGAUGCGAACAAGGAUGACUCUGGGAAGAAAAGCCAGCUGGGUGGGAAACAGUCUGUGCUUGGGCUUCGUUCAGAGACUAAGAUGGACCCUAACUGGAACCGCAAGAUGUCCACGGUGGAGCAAUUUAAGGACACUGCGGUGGCGCACAAUGAGGCCAGCAAGGAGCUGGAUGAGAAGAAGAAGAAGAAAGCGGGCUUCCAUGAGGACACCCAGCCUUCUGUUGAGGAGCAGGAGAGAGAUAUGAUGAGCCCCAAUGAGCGGCAGCUGUUGAAUCGCUUUAUGGUCUACGAGCACAGCCAGUCGGUGGUGACCAACAUGCUGCGCUGGUGGGACCGCACCCAGGGGCGCAUACACACGCCCUGCCUCCCUGAGGACUGUGUCCAAGACGUGGAUGAGCACCCGAGCCCGACCGACCGGCCUGGCAAAAAGGGCAAGAAAGAACGCGAGAAGGAACGCGAGAAAGAGCGUGAGAAAGAACGGAACGAGAAGGACCUCAAGUCGGUGUCGCCAGACCCCAGUAAGGUGCCUCUGCUGGGGGACAUCGGGGAGGCGGGCGAGGAGUCUGUGCCACAAAUCUUCAUUCCUGCCACCGAGAGGGACGAUACGAUCGCCUCAAAGAUGCUACAGGAAGGGAAGCUUCCCAGCCUCAAUGAGGUGCUAGACGGCAUGGGUCUGGGCCCCCAGGGGCCCCCUAUUCCCCCUCCCUGUGUGCUGUCGGUGGUGACCUACCCCGAGCGGCGGUCGCCACCAGGAGAGACCCAGGGCCAGCUGCAGGGCUGCUUCUCCUUUCUGGUGCCACUCACCCCUGAGGAGAUCGCUGAGGAGAAGAGGGAGGCCGAGCUGGAGCUGGAGCUGCAGGCAGCCAUGAUGAAGGAGGAUGCGACGACGCCGUCGUCCAAGGGCAAAGGCAAGAAGGGAGGGGUGGAGGCCAAGGAGAAGGAGAAGGAGGCCGUGAAGGAUAAGCGGCGCUCGGCCAAGAAGGGCACCAAGACCGCCGACUCCACGUCCCCCUCCCUCACCGCCAUGGGCUCCCUUUACGAACCAGAGCACAGCAGUAUACUGGCCGGGGAGGGCCCACAAGACCACACCACCAACAGGCUUUGUACGUACCGCUGGAUUGUGCCGCCCAACUCUGAGGUGCUGCUGAAGCUGGCGUUCCACACCCCCACGGUGGGCACCUUCAACCAGACCCUCAACUUCGAGCUCAUGGGCACCAGGAAACGCUACCAGCUGCCCUGCCAGGGUAUCUGUGCCUACCCCUCCAUCAACAAGGACCACAAGGUGGUGUUUGCUCACAGUAAAAAGAUCCUGAAUCCAGAAGCGGAUAUGCAGAAAGUCUACAUCGUCCAGAAAGGCAUCUUUCACUUUGGCUCUCUGCUGUGUGGGAAGACAAGAGACAGGUACAAGGAGAGGAAGUACCCGGAGAACCUGGAGCGUCUGGUGAUUCACAACCACUCCCCCGUGGAGACCGAGGUGCAGUUCUGCUUCCAGCACGACACCAAGGCCACCACCUUCCUGCUGGACCCCCCCUCCAUGACGCUCAAGCCCAAGGAGAAGAAGGAAUUGGUGAUCUGGGCGUACCCCAUCUCCCCGGGCCAUGUGGAGGACAGUCUGGUGUGCUGCAUCAAGGACAACCCAGAGCCUGCCAUCUUCCGGCUCACCUGCUGCGGAGUCAAGCCAGAGCUGGAACUGAGCCGCAAGCAGCUGCACUUCGACAAGAUCCUGUUGCACAGGAAGGAGACUCGUAGCCUGGUGCUGCGUAAUACCAAGUGUCUGCCGGUGGCAUGGCGUCUGAGCGGUAUGGAGGUGCUGGGCGAUGAGUUUGGGGUGACCCAGGACCAGGGCGUCAUCCUGCCGCUCUCCGAGUUCAACCUACAGAUGCACUUCAGGGCCGUCAAGCCCGUCAACCUCAAGAAAGCCAUCCGCCUUGAGGUUUCAGAUGCAGACGGCAUCCUGGGCAUUGUCCACACUGAGAACAUCCAGGUGUCUGUGGAGGCCUAUGAUGUGGCUCUGGACAUCACUUUCCCCAAAGGUGCUGAUGGAGGGCUGGACUUUGGAACUGUGAAAGUGUCUGAGGAGAUGAAGCUCUCUGUGAACCUGAAAAAUAAAGGCAAAUAUGACAUUGCCUACAAAUUUACUCUGGAGUCCACGCUGGCAGACAUGCCAGACCUAAACACGGCCUUCACCAUCGUACCCCAGAAGGGCACUCUUCACCCCACUGACCGCCCAGCCGGAAUCCAGUUCAUCUUCCGCUAUAGUAAAGAAGUGCGCAUCCAGGAUCAGCCAAUCCUGCGCUGCCAGGUUAUUGAGCCAAACAUCUCUACUAAUGGAGAGACCAUUGCCAUCAUUCCCAUCAAGGUCUCUGUGCUGUCAGUCUUCUCCAAGUAUGUUCUGACGCCCUCCCACGACAUCAACUUUGGGCCUCUCGUGUAUGGCACCCGCAAGUCCCGAACCUUCACCAUCGAAAACAGGGGCGACUUUGAGAUCCGCUUCAGUGUGUCCAGGGUCUGCAAAGACACCCCAGGGGCUGGACAGAAGAGAGGCAUCAGCAAGAGGGCGUCACGAGAGAGCCACUCUGCCAAGCCGGGCAAGCUGCGCCGCAGCGAGUCCAUCCAGAAGGAGGGCUCACUCUUGGGCCAGACGCGCUUCACGGCGGGUGUGUUCACCGUGGCGCCGUGCUUCGGCAUGAUCGGCCCUGGCGCGAGCCAGGUGGUGAACGUGGAGUGUGUGGCGGAGCAGUCGGGUUUCUGGCAGGAGUUCCUGGCCCUGGACAUCAGCGACAGAGACCCUCUGGACAACCCCGGGGGCAUCCCAUACAGAGUCGUGGCUGAAGUCUGCAUGGCAGGCAUCAUCAAGGAGGUCUCCUCCAUCUUCGAGGAGCACCACAUCUGCAAGAACAGCAGCCUGCUGCACAGCGAGCAGUUCCGGGACGCCUUGGGCAUCUACGUGGAGGACGAGAACAAGUUUGUGUUCAACAACGUGCUGGUGGGCCAGUCGGCCAAGGCCCGCUUCCGCCUCACCAACAACGGCAAGGUGCCCUGCGAGCUCAGCCUCUCUGCGCGCUCCCUGCAGACCAAGUCGAAGGUGGUUAAUGAGGUGUUUGAGCUGGUCCCCAAUAAGAUGUGCCUGUCCAGCCACUCCCACGCUUUCGCGGUCGUCACCUUCAGCCCCACAGCCAUGCAGACCUACCAGGGCAUCUUUGAGGUCGUACUAGAGGGGGCAUCCAGUGUGAUGGCGUUGGGUAAGGCCAAGCUGAUGGUGGUGGACCUGUUUGGGGACGGUAACCUGCCAUGUGUGAGCGUGCUGCGCCCUGUCGUCAGAAACUCCCGUGGACACCCGCUGCUGCAGUUCAGACGCCAGCUGGUGGGGAAGUCCCAGUUCCUACCCCUGCACAUCAAGAACGACUGCAACGUGCCUGCUAAGGCCACCCUGGAGCUGCAAGACAAGCUGGGGGCCUUCAGGAUCAGGACUGUGGCCUCUUCCACAGCUGAGGUGGUCACACCUGACCCGCCAGAGGACGGCACUCCACGAGAUGCGUCAGCCGGGUGCAGCUCCAUGGACCUGGUAAUGGACGUGGGCACGCAGGCGGAGUUCGAGGUGGAGUUCUGCCCGAGCGUGUCGCGCUCGUUUGAGGCAGUGAUCCGGCUGGUGGUGGCCGAUAACCUGUUUGAGGAGACGGAGGUGCAGCUGCUGGGAGAGAGCUACCAGGAUAUCAUCGCACUGGAGAACAUCAACAGCAGGGGCGUGGAGACCACCAACACUAAGUCAGACCACCUGCACUUUGGCAACUGCCAUGUGGGCAGACCCUACCAGGAGACGUUCACCAUGGUCAACCUAAGCUGGACGGACGCGCUGCGCUUCGAGUGGCCCGUAGAUGGCGCCCAGGUGUCCUUCUCGCCACGCGUGGGUCACCUGCACUCGGGCUGCUCCAAGCACGUCACCGUCACCUUCUGCUCCAAGCAGCCGGUCACCCUGAGCACCCAGAUGCACAGGUGCAAGGUGAGCCGCGUCACCUUCCAGCAGCCCAUCGACCAGGUGCCCGACUGGGACGACCGCCAGAGGACCCUCAAGUGGAUGGACUCCUCCAAACUCACCGAAGCACAGAAGAAGGAGCCUGGCAAGAGGAAGGUCAUCGAGAUCGACCCGGAGCCUCCCAACACGCUGCUGGACAACUCGGCCCGAGAACUGGAGCUGCUCCUGAGCGCUGUGUGUGACUACGCACAGUUCUCCUGCAACUCCGAGCCAAUACACUUCAAGGACACCAUGCUCUACCAGACCAGGGUCUACAGGCUUCAGAUGACAAAUACGGGCAGCACUCAGCUGGACUACUCCUGGCAGAUGAUGUACGGGGGAGAAUCACUCACCAUAGAUGACAACACAGAUGACCCGAUGCGUAGUGGCUGCAGGUCGCAGUGUGGUACGGCGCUGCGUCCCUGCUCCUCGCUGGGCAGUGUGUCCAGCAUGCUGCUGGGGGACCCCGACCUGCCGCCCUUCUCCGUGGGGCCCAGCGUGGGCACAAUAGCCCCGGGGGCCACUCAGACCUUCCUCGUCAAGUUCUCUCCCAUCGGCGUGGCUCAGUACGAGGCCCAGCUAGUCUGCAGCAUCCCCAACCUGAGGGAGGAGCAGGGUCCCGUUAUCCAGGUGAAGGGUCUCAGCCUGCUCCCCGUCUGCCACUUCCACCUGGAGGACUCCGACUACCUGAGGGCGAACCGCCGCAACCCUGAGAUGCGCGGCCCCAACGGAGCCCCGGCGCGCUGCACCCUCGACGCCAGCACGCACGUCAUCGAGUUCACCUCCAUUGGCAUUGGCAUGCCCACUACCAGGCUGUUCUUCUUGGUGAACCCCACCAACAAGCCCUACUCUUACGAGUGGAGGUGCAUUGACAACGAGCCCACUCCCUUUAAAUGCCACACACCACAGAGCUCCAUCCUGCCUGGCAAGAAGGUGGAGGUGAGGUUUGACUACCAUGCGACGGGCUUGGAGUUGCUGGAAUCCUUCUGGAUGUUCCAUAUUCCAGAGCAGAAGCUGAGCGUGCCCUUCCUGCUGGUGGGCACUGCCCGGGAGCCCAUGGUCUAUAUGGACCGGGCGCACCUCAACAUGGGCAGCCUGCGUGUGGGUCGCAAUGUUCAGCACACAAUGUACCUGGUCAACCAGGAGAGGGAGCCGUUCCAGUUCUCGGUGCAGGAGAGCUCUCGCCACUCAGACGGCUUCCUGGACCGGCUGGACGUGGAGCCCAUGCAGGGAACACUGGCACCACAUGACAAGGUGCCACUGAUGGUAACGUUCAAGCCUACGCAGGAGGGCGAGGUGUCGUUCAACCUGGCGGUGUGUGUGCAGGGCCACGUGCAGCCGGUGGUGCUGAACGUCAAGGCCGACUGCUACAGUGUCAGGGCCUCCGUGCUGUGCGAGGACCCUGAGGGGAACACCUUCGACAUGGACCCCAACGUCCCGCACCAUGGGGACUUUAAGCAGGUCCAGCUGGGUGACAAGACCACGUUUGCGCUGCUGGUGUCGAACCCGGGGCUGUUUGUCCUGGACGUGCAGUACGAGCUGUGGGGCCCGCCGGCCAUACUGCGCCACCUGCAGGUGAAGCCAGAGCAGUACAGUAUCAGCGUGGGCAAGCAGGGCCGCUGUGCCAUCUCCUUCUGCCCGCUGGAGAAGUGCGUGCUCCGGGACGUGGGCAUCAAAGUAAAGAUCAGUAACGGCCCCGUGUACAGCUGUGCUCUGCAGGGUGUGGCCAAGGUUCCUGGACUGGACUUCUCCUUCCUCAAGCACAACUUUGGCAAGAGCUUCAUCUUUGCUGCAGGCAUGACGCCCGCCUCCGAAACGCUGGUCCUUGCCAACAGAGGGGAGCGCGAAAUCAGUGUGAGCUGCUCGUUCAGCAACACCCCGUACCUGGAUGUGGGCUUCCAGCCAAGACUUCUGGAGCCGGGAGCUUCUGUGGACAUCCCCAUCACCUUCUACCCCCGCGAGGCCAAGCACUACCACGAGAAGCUCGUCUUCACCCUCAACGAACACACCAAGCAGGUUGUGGAGAUCCACGGACAGGGCACAGAGAUCAAGCUGGACUUUGAGGACCCUCGUCAGAAGGUGGUGAACCUGGGCAACCUGCAGGUGGGCCAGCGCAGUAAACGCCUCAUCCCCCUCAUCAACCACAGCUCCUCCCCCAUCACCUUCAGCUUGCAGUUCAACCCCCGCGUAGAGGCACUGCUGGACGAGCGGACAUUGUCGGUGUCCCCGGGGAGCCAGGUGACGGUGCGCGGUGGCGGUGGGCGGUGUGUGCUUGAGCUGCUGUUCACGCCAUGCGAGCGGCUGCCUCCCUUCAGCGAGCCGCUGCAGCUGGAGUGCAUGGGCCGCCUGCUCCCCCUGCUGGUGGUGAAGGGCAGCUGCCACGGCGUGGAGGUCGGCCUCGACCAGGACUACCUCACCUUCGGGGCCGUGGUGCAGCGCUGCCGCAUCACCAAGCGCAUCCUCAUGCAGAACACAGGCGACAUUGGGGCCAGGUUCCAGUGGGAUGUGAAGAGUUUCUUCCCAGACUUCUCCAUCAGCCCUGCGGAGGGCUAUAUCUGCCCGGGUAUGGAGGUGCCGUUCGAGGUGUCCUUUGCCCCCGUGGAGCUAUGCCCCAGCCUGCGCUACGACGGCCUGAUGUGCACCAUCGAGGGCAGCAGGCCCAUCUCCCUCACACUGACCGGCUCCUGCAUCACACCACCCAACGCCAAGGAGGUGCUCCACUUCAACUGCCAGGUGCGCUCCCAGCACACGCAGCCCAUCACGCUGGCCAACCGCUCCAACCAGAGCUGGACGCUGCGGCCCGUCAUCGAGGGCCAGUUCUGGACCGGCGCCACCAUCUUCAUCAUCGAAGCCUUCCAGGCCAGCAAGGUCUACGAGAUCACAUACAGGCCUACCAUCAUGACGACAGAAGGCAAGAAGCACCAGGGUUCCAUCUUCUUCCCCUUCCCGGACGGCACUGGCGUGCUGUACUCCUUGUCUGGCACGGCGGAGCCUCCGAAGGCUGUGGCCGUCAUCGCCCACGAGCUUCCCUGCCGCACCAACUACACCGAGCUGCUGCCUGUGCAGAACUGGCUGCCCAAGCCACAGAGGUUCCGUGUGGUGUUUGAGAUGAUAAAGCCCGAUAAGCCGGACAACACCAUCUACCUGAAGGGCCUUGACUACAUAGAGGUAGCGGGUAUGGCCACCAAGGACUACAAGCUCUCCUUCCUCUCCUACAAGGAGGGCCUGUGCAACGCUAAGGUGACGUUCCGUAACGAGGCGACAGGUGAGUACCUGUUCUACCUGCUGGGCUUCAGGACUACGCCGCCGGGCGUCAUCAGCACCAUCGAGAUGACCACCACCGUGCGGCAGUCCACGCUGGCCAGCGUGACGGUGGAGAACCCCCUGGCCAGCAGCGUCUUCUUCACCGUGGAGUGCCGCAGCGCCGACGUCUUCAUGCCCUCGCAGCUCAACGUGCCCGCUCAGAGCCAGGGCACGCUGACGUUCGAGUACCAGCCCCUGAGGCAGGGCGAGACCACGGCUCGGCUGGUGCUGCACAACUCUGAGCUGGGCUACUUCUACUACGACCUGGUGCUGCGUGCCAUGCCGCCCGCCUCUGAGAAGCCCCUCUACUUCCGCGCCCCGCUGGGCAGCGGCCAGUACCUGCCCCUCAAGUUCACCAACUUCUCCCGCGCCAAGGCCGAGUACUCCAGCAAGGUGGACAGCCCAGACUUUGUGAUGGAGAAGGCGUUGAUAGCGCCCCCCGGGCUGCAGGCGGGGGUGGAGGUCAUCACGGAGGUCUUCUUCGAGCCCAGUCGGCUGGGCCAGGCCACCGGCACGCUCACGCUGUCGUCGGCGUUCGGGGGGGAGUACAUGUUCCCGCUGAUUGGCACCUGCACCCCGCCCAAAGCCCAGGGCCCCUUCACCAUCCGCGCCGGCUCCAACGUCUCCAUCCCCUUCAAGAACGUCUUCCAGCAGACCACGGCCUUCUCCUUCCACGUGGACAACCCCUCCUUCACCGUCAAGGGCGUGGAGACCAUGCGGCCCAAGAAGACGCACAACAUCCUGGUGACGUACGAGGGCAGCCCGGCCGGAGGACGCAACCCCUGCACGGGCAAGCUGACCAUCUCCAGCCCCCGCACCGAGGGCCAGAGCCAGCCCAUCACCUGGGUCUACUACCUCAGGGGACACUGCCCCGAGCAGAGGGACAAGCCUUAGGGGAGAUGCACACACACAUGCACACACACACACACACACACACACACACACACACACACACACACACACACACACACACACACACACACACACACACACACACACACACACACACAGAGUCCCAAGCAGAGGGACAAGCCUCAGGAGAAACACACACACAUACACACACACACACACACACACACACACACACACACACACACACACACACACACACACACACACACACACACACACACACACACACACACACACACACACACAAACUAACACCCACACAUGCCCACAAACAGAUACACACUGCGCCAGGCUCUGCCCAUCACCUUGGUCUAUCUAACAAGGACACACACAUACACACACAGACACACACACACACCCUGCCCAAGGUUACACAGCUAUACAACAAGGUCAUUGCACUUUCACAGGGAAAUAUUUUAUCCUUUUAUCCUUAUUUCAAUAAAAAAUAUAUAUAUGUGGGCUGCACUAAAA